AUGAGGGUACAAAAUCUUGUGCAUCGGCUGAAACAGGCCGUCUUUGGGCGAGCUCCUUCCCCACCUAGGAAAUUUCCGCAGACAGGUCCUCUUCUCGAGCCAAACAAUAAGGUCGAGGAGGAAAGGCUACGAGGCUACAUCCCGGAGCAUUUUUACUCAGUGAAGAUUGGUGAGGUGUUUCACUCAAGAUACCAAGUGGUCGGGAAACUUGGCUAUGGUGGUCAUUCCACAGUGUGGCUCUGCAGAGACUUGCAAUCUGUGGAUAAGAAAUACUCCUAUCAGUGCCUUGUGCAUCCUCCUCUAGCUAUGAGUAUAUGCGAGCUACGCAACCGGAUCAUAGAAAAGGUGCUUCCGGCUGAUUUACUCAAGCCAACAUUAAUCCAUAUACUCCUCGCUCUCGACUUUCUUCACACAGAAGCUAAGGUUACUCAUACUGAUAUACAAGAAAAUGAUGUCAUGCUUAGUGUGGAGGACGAAUCAAUUCUCUCCGAGUUUGAGGAAGCAGAGAAAUCCAGCCCCAGCCCACGCAAAAUCGAUGGCGAUCGGGUCAUCUAUUCCUCGCGGGACCUAGGGAUUCCAAAAGUGCACGGUCGGCCUAUUCUGGCCGACUUUGGGGAGGCUCGCUUUAUCUCGACUUUAGGGAAACAGUGGGAGGACGUGCAGCCUUUAGUCUACCGGGCUCCUGAAGUGGUAUUGCAGAUGCCCUGGAAUGAAAAGAUUGAUAUAUGGAAUGUAGGGACCCUUGCCUGGGCUCUUUUUGAGCGCAAACCUCUCUUCUAUGCUCGCGAUUCAAACGGGAACAUUUCAGAUAGCCAUCAUCUUGCUCGUAUGAUAGCUAUCAUGGGUAUGCCGCCAAAGGAUAUGAUUCGAAAUAGCGAGUAUGCGACGAAGUUCUUCGAUAGCAAGGGAAAUUGGAUAGGCACCGCCGAAAUCCCCUGUGUCUCUCUGGAGAAGCUGGAGAGUAAUUUGCGAGACACUCAGCAAAGAUUGUUCAUCUCCUUCAUGCGAAAGAUGCUUCAAUGGCAACCGGAGAAUCGAGCGUCCGCGAAAGAAUUGCUGGGGGAUCCUUGGCUCAAGGCAAUUUAG